UUCUUAUUAACUUUGCGGGGAUGCAGUGUUUGUAUAGCUUGUAUGCUGAGCAUUAUCAGAUGUGUGGAAGUAUGUCGAUUAGUGAUAAUCGCUUCCUGUGAUCAAAUGGACGCCUACAAGUCAGGCUUUUUUAACUUUUCGCCGUAAUAGUACAUUUACUGCAUUACCUUUUAUUUGCUGUGAUUCAGCACUUUGUAGUACCAGUCGAAGACUCUUUUCUUGUCGAACCUGUCGAUUUUCUACAAGUUACCAUGCCAUUACAUAAACCAUCAGGGCAAGCUAAUUUUAUUACAAAAUUAUAACAAUGUUAAUAAAUACGUUACCGGUUGUUUGUUGUGUUGUGCAUUGGUUUAUCCACUUGCAACUCGCUGAGAGUGCAGAGUUACCACCAGACUGGAGAAGCAGAAUCCAUGCAUCCUUGAACCAAUCCGAAGAAUCGCUCACCACGGGCGAUAUUCUGAAUUGGGAGGGACAAAAGCCGUACAUGGUGCUGCAGCACGAGGAUUCCCAAAGUACUCCGGACAUAUCAAACGACAAGUACUGGCCGAAUAACGGACAAUGUAUACCCUACUCUCUUCACCCGUCGCUUGACAACCCCUCUCGACAACGCAUCCUGAACGUUUUGCGGACGAUUGAGCGACGUACCGACAACUGUUUGACCUUUAAAUCACGGACCAACGAAGAGGAAUACAUCUCGAUAAUUCCCGCUGGACGAGGUUGCAUGGCACACGUCGGCCGAUUUCCCGGACGAGUCACCGAAAUUCGGCUGGGAAGCGAAUGCAUCAAGGAUGGUAUAAUAUUGCACGAACUGUUACACGCGCUGGGUUUCUACCACGAACAAAACCGCCCGGACCGCGAUGAGUUCGUUCAAGUAUUUCCAGAAAACAUCAAAGCAGACAUGUACGAUGCCAAUUACGCAGUUCUGCCCCAUAUGCCCACGCAUGGACUGCAGUACGACUACGAAUCCAUUCUACAUUAUGCAGCAUGGGAUUUCGCCAAGAGCCGCGACAAACCGGCGAUCAUUCCGAAGAUUCGCUCGCCCGUGAGAAUGGGACAGCGUAAAUGGCUAAGCACUAUGGAUGUCACUAAACUGCAAAUGGCAUAUGGAUGUAUUGAUGAGAACUUCGAAAAAGUGACUCUGAAAGCACCAAUGUCUUGCGAAGAAAUCGCAAAUAUCGGAAACCGCACCACGCAGGCAACCUCUACUGGUAGAGUACAAAAGCAGUCUCGAAGCACACCAAAAGCAACUGUUGUGAUCCCGCAAACCAAUCGUUAUACAAAACAGCCUGCUGUAACAUCGGUACCGCCAGCUGUUACUAGUACUAUCGUCCCGGUACGACAAGCUCAGCCACCAGCCAACGGCCAAGAAAACCUGCUGGGAGAUUUCUUGAAAGGCCUUCAUUCAAUUGAUUGGAGUUGCCGGCAUAAAUGCACAGAACGGUUCUGGUGCACAGUAACGAACCUCGGCAAUUCCAAACCCUGCCGAGAAAGGGCAAUCGGAUGCAACUGCGCAUUGUCGACAAUAACAGAAGGAGUUGUUUAAUAAUCUUUUCCGUUUUGCACAUCACGAUGCUUCGAAAUUUUCGCAGUUGUCACGCGCCUCGAAAUUUUCACUGGAACUAUAUCAUCGUUGACUCAACAUUUUGUAAACUGGAUUCUUAGAAACAGGUUUUUAUUAUUUUUUUAAGGAAAGCGACCCGGUACAUUAUAUCAAAAACAUGUACAUGAAUUAAACUUUCGCACACUCCCGAGUGCUUUUCGGCAUUUUUAUGACAUUCCACAGUAAAUAAUUCGAUUUCUUUUACGUAAUAACUUUUAAUCAGCUGGUAACUUGUUAAAUUAUAAAAAAUUGGCUGAAAUUUAAAAUAAAGUUGUUUGGAAAGAGCUGCCGCAAUUAAAUACAUAAAUCAAUCA